AUGCUUAGUUGCAGCAGUAGAAUCUUUUUCACAAUCUGGGUGUGUCAGGCAUUUUUUCUGCUGCUGGUGCUGCUUACCAACUAUGGUGCGUCGCAGACAAUCGUCAAGAACUUGCCAGGGUUUUCUGGUGACCUCCCCUUCAAGCUUGAAACAGGCUACGUGGGGGUGGGCAAUUCUGAAGAACUGCAAAUGUUCUACUAUUUCACUGAGUCAGAAAGCAGCCCAGAAAAUGAUCCUCUGCUUCUUUGGAUGACCGGAGGCCCCAGAUGUUCUUCUUUCUAUGGCCUCAUAUAUGAAAUUGGUCCAAUAUCUUUCCAAUUUAAUGAUUUGUCCAAGGACCCAUUGAAACUUGUUCUGAAUCCAUACUCAUGGACCAAGGUAGCAAACAUAAUAUUUCUAGAUGCUCCUGCUGCUACUGGUUAUUCAUACUCCACAACUCUGGAAGGGUUAAUCAGUAGUGACACCCUGCAUGCUACAAGAGCUUAUCAGUUUCUCCAGAAAUGGCUUGUGGCUCAUCCCCAGUUUCUUUCAAAUCCUCUCUACAUUUCUGGAGAUUCUUUCACGGGCAAGAUUGUUCCCAUCAUUGUUCAGCAUAUAACACAGGGUAUUGAAGCUGGGAUGGAGCCAGCUUUGAAUCUCAAAGGAUACAUAAUUGGCAAUCCAUCUACAAAUGCUAAAGAGGAUUUUAAUUCGAGAAUUGAAUAUGCUCAUCGUUUGGCACUUAUAUCAGAUAAAGUAUAUGAGUCAUCAAAAAGGAAUUGCAAGGGCGAGUACGUAGAUGUAGAUCCAAAAAAUCAGUUGUGCCUCAACAGUCUCCAAGCUUUCAAGGAGGAAGACAGGAUUCGCUACGCAGUUCUUUGGCAAAAUGAUAUAAAUGUUCGCAAAGCUCUCAACAUCCGGGAGGGAACCAAAGGAGAAUGGGCCAAGUGCAAUAAAACCACACCUUACACGUUUGAUGUACCAAGUAGUGUUGACUACCAUCGAAACCUCAGCCAAAAGCACCUUCGUGCUAUAGUUUACAGUGGGGAUCAUGACAUAACCAUUCCAUAUAUAAGUACACUGGCAUGGAUUGAAUCCUUGAACUUGACACUUGAGGAUGAUUGGAAACCGUGGUUCUCUGACCAUCAAGUUGCAGGAUACACAAUGUACUAUUCAAACAACGAGUAUAAUUUGACAUAUGCGACUAUAAAGGCAUGA